UAAAUAGGCGUAAUUAGAUAACAGGAGUCAUAAGCAUCAACAAUGAAGCUGUUGGUGGUUCUCGCGGCCCUCGUAGCCUUGUGCGCUGGAAGCCCCACUCUCCUGAUCCCAGGAGACAAUAGCCACUAUGUGGAGGGUGAAAGCAGGUACAUCUGGAUGCCUGAUGGUGAAGGAGUGCCUCAUCUAGUAGACUUGCAAGAGAAAGACGAUGAUGAGGUUUCGAGGGAAUCUAGGAACGGUGCCAAUAACCAAUAUUGGCUGUACACCAGACAGAACCCCAACAGCUUCCAACUCCUAGUUCACAAUAACAUCAAUUCAGUGAGGAAUUCUAACUACGUAGCGAGCCGCCCUCUAAAAGUUAUCGUUCACGGGUGGAACAGCAACGGCAACUCUGAAAUCAACCCGAUGGUCACCUCUGCCUUCCUUGCCGUCCAGGACUGCAAUGUCAUCGUAGUUGACUGGAGGGCUCUCGCGAACUCUGCUUACUGGACCGCUGUGAAUGGAGUACCCAGCGUGGGUCAGCAUCUAGGAGACUUCCUCCAAUGGCUCAUCAAUAACGCUGGUGGCAACUGGAACAACGUACACCUUGUAGGCUUCAGUCUUGGCGCUCACGUAGUAGGCAACGCUGGACGUAGAGUAGGCAACCGCGCCUCUCGUAUCACCGGUUUGGACCCUGCUGGUCCUAACUGGGGUGGGAAUUCCAACGCUCUGCGCGCCGCUGAUGGACAGUAUGUUGAAUGCAUCCACACUGACGGUGGUCUCCUGGGUAUCAUGGAUCCCAUUUGUCGAGCUAACUUCUACCCCAACGGAGGCAGAAACCCGCAGCCUGGCUGCUGGAUCAGCACCUGCUCUCACAGCCGAGCGUAUGAGUUCUUCGCAGUGACCAUCCGUUACAACCGCCACGUCGGAAGACAAUGCUCUAACAUCCAGCAGGCUCAGAACAACGGAUGCAGCGGAAGUUCUCUCAACAUGGGCAACGCUGUCCUUAGCAAACGAGGAAACGGACUCUUCGGACUGAGCACUGGCAACAGCUGGCCAUUCUAAAAAAACAUUCAUCAAGAAGGAAAUGCAACAUAAAAAUUACAAUUUGCAAGCAUUUAUUUUUACGGUUUCGUCGGAAAAUGUGAUAAAUAAACUUUAAUAUUUACCUAUUUUAA